CCUACACGACCAAGCCUGUCAGUCGGCGAGCCUCAGGCUCUGCAGAGAAAGAUGGCGCCGCGAAGAGAGAGGGUUUCUGCGCUGCCUCGGCUCCAACUGUGGGUGCUGUUGUUUCUGCCGCUGCUGCUCGUGCCCCAGCCCAUCGCCGGUCAUGGCGGCAAGUACUCGCGGGAGAAGAACGAGCCUGAGAUGGCCGCCAAGCGCGAGCCCGGGGAGGAGUUCCGCAUGGAAAAGCUGAACCAGCUAUGGGAGAAGGCCCAGCGGCUUCAUCUGUCUCCUGUGAAGCUGGCGGAACUCCACUCUGACCUGAAGAUACAGGAAAGGGAUGAACUCAACUGGAAGAAGCUGAAGGCGGAAGGCUUGGACGAGGAUGGGGAGAAAGAAGCAAAACUGAUCCACAACCUCAAUGUCAUCUUGGCCAGGUACGGACUGGAUGGGAGGAAGGACACCCAGAUGGUGCACAGCAACGCACUUGAAGACACCCAGGACGAGCUGGGGGACCCCAGGCUGGAGAAGUUGUGGCACAAGGCCAAGACAUCAGGGAAAUUCUCCAGUGAAGAACUGGACAAGCUGUGGCGGGAGUUUCUGCACCACAAAGAGAAGAUCCACGAAUACAAUGUGAUGCUAGACACACUGAGCAGAGCUGAAGAAGGUUAUGAGAACCUUCUCAGUCCUUCCGACAUGAGCCACAUCAAGAGCGACGCGCUGAGCAGCAAGCACAGCGAGCUGAAGGACAGGCUGCGGAGUAUCAACCAGGGCCUAGACCGCCUGAGGAAGGUCAGCCACCAGGGCUACAGCCCCACCACCGAAUUUGAAGAGCCCCGGGUGAUAGAUCUGUGGGACCUGGCCCAGUCUGCCAACUUCACCGAGAAGGAACUGGAGUCAUUCCGGGAGGAGCUCAAGCACUUUGAGGCCAAAAUUGAAAAGCAUAAUCACUACCAGAAGCAGCUGGAGAUUUCCCACCAGAAACUGAAGCACGUGGAGAGCAUCGGUGACCCCGAGCACAUCAGCCGCAACAAGGAGAAGUACGUGCUGCUGGAGGAGAAGACCAAGGAGCUGGGCUACAAGGUGAAGAAGCAUCUGCAGGACCUGUCCAGCAGGGUCUCGAGAGCUCGGCACAAUGAGCUCUGAGGACCAGGAGCUGCCAGCAGAGAGGCUCCUGAGGACACGGGGAGCCGGCAGCAUGUCAUCUGCAUGCACAGCCCCGUGGUAACUGGUGUGGCUGACCACAGUGACGUGGCAAGGAGGAUCCUUGGACACACUAAUGUGAUCCUGCUGUGGUUGGCAAGGACUUCUUUUCUUUCAAGCAAGUGUGUGUGGCUGUCACCACCCUGGUUGAGGGCCGUGGGCACAGCCACCAGUGAGAUAUGGCUGUACUCCAUGCUGCAGCAGCACAGUUUACAUUGAAAUUACAUAAAUCUGUCACUGGAAAUGUUCUGUACGGAGUCCUUAAAUACAUGGCAGGAUUUUGAGCCACCCAGUCCUUACCUGGUAUCUCGAUGGAUGGGUCCAACUAGAGUCAGAGCCAGCACCAUGGCAAAGUAAGUUAUGGAUGAUGGGAGGCGGGAUGGGCUAGUUUAUUUGAAGCAUUUCCCUCAAGGCCCCUAUCCUCUGUCUCAUGGUCCCCAGACAAUCACUGUCCCCACUUCACUCACCCUCUCGCCCUCCUCGGUGUCCUGACCCCAGGUAGUUUGAAAUCAAGAGCCCAGUAGAGGUGAGAUUUCAGGAAGAAGAUGGCAGAAGUGAAAGCCAGCAGGUGUGGAGGGGUGGGGGGGAGAGUCAGGGGUCAUUUUGUGCCUCCCCAAAUACCCUGAUGGGCUUCCAUGUCCAGACUCAGUAUUUGAUCCCUCACACAGGAGAUAGUCAAAAGGACCUCUGACCCCUGCAGCCGAUCCUGGAAGAUCAGGCCAUUGGGCUCGAUAGUGUCAGGAUCUCAGCUUAAAAGUUGAAAUCUGCCUAACAGGAGUACACAGUUAACGUUGUUUGUAAGAACAUCAAAGCUGGAGAGAUAACUUAGUAAAUAAAAUGCUUGCUCUGCAAGCUUGAGGUCUAUAGAAUUCAGAUCUCCAGAACCAUGUAAAUGCCUUGUGGGUGUGGCGGCCUGCCUGUAAUCCCAGCACUUGAGAGGCAGGGAAAGAGGACAGCCAGGGUGAGCUGGCUAGCUCUAUCAGCCAGUUAGCAAAAGUAGAGCAUGAUGGAAGAAGACACACAGUUCUGAUGUGUGCACACACUUACACAUAUACCUAUACACAAGUGAACACAUGUAGACACUCAUACAUGGGCAAAACUUCAAGGGCAGCAUGCAAGAAGCCUCCUGUUGGUUAAAGACAGCAGCGGCAAGGAGCAGCAGGCCACAGUGACUCCCUCACCCACACAGUGUGUGCCACCGCCCGGGCCAGCUAGGAUAUGUCCCUUUCAGAACUAGUAAACAUCUGCCCAGAGCUCUCAGCAGUGUCUGAGGCCCAGAGAAGUGCCUGUGACUAGGUUUUCAGCUCUGUCUUUCUGGUUCAGAGACACACUCUGAAGGACUCCUGUGCCACACACAGCUCAGGGACCUGGGAUGACGCUGGGCCCCUUGAACACCAGGCUCAGUCUACUACAGGAGCAAUGCCUGGUAUCAGAGAUGCAAAAGAAGGAGAUGAACCUUCACUCAGGUUUGUUUCUGUCCCUAGAGUCAGAGGUCAUGGCUGCAUUUUCCUAUGUAGAAAUGAGAAAUGAGCGUGUUUGUAGCAGCCCAGUGAGCCAUCUCUGUGAGUGAUGUGGAGCCCAUAGCUGAGUCGGAGCAGAUGUGACCAGUGCAGGGGCCGCCUGCUCCUCGGAGCUGACUGACCCCUCGGUACAGAAUUGGGAGGCUACUCCUGGCUAACUCGGGAGUCAGACCCUGCAAACUGCUCCCUGGGGGAGUGUGACUCAUGGCAAGGAAUGCUCAAACUACAGACCUAGACGAGGUGGUUCUGGCUGGCAGUGCUCUGCCAUCUAGCAAAAGUACAAGUCCUCAGGCUGGCAGGGGAAGGCAUUUGCUGCCCAGGCUGGUGACCUAAGUUCAGUCCCCAGGGACCAUAUGAUAGAAGGGAAGAACAGAUUUGUGCAAGUUGUCCUCUGGCCACAUGUGUGCUGUGACAUGUGUCCCCUACACAAUAAAAUAUUUUUCAAAGUA